AUGUCACCAUCUACAGAGGCCUCGAAACUCCCACACUCAAUCCUCAUCGUCGGCGGCGGCGUCUUCGGCUUAUCAACGGCCUUAGCCCUCUCCCGUCGUCACACAGGUACCAUAACCCUUAUAGAGGCUGCCCCGACUAUUCCAAACCCUCACGGCUCAUCCGUUGACUCCUCGCGCAUUCUACGCGCCGACUACGCUAACCCAGCAUACUCACGUCUUGCCAACUCGGCUCUUACGCAAUGGCGCUCUACACCCUGGGGCCAUGAUGGACGACAUCACCAGAACGGUCUGGUGUUGGUUUCUUCCACCGCUACAGGCCACGAGUACAUGAGACGGAGCUACGAGAACGUCAAGCGGUUGAAUCCCGAUGCAGUGCAGGAGUUGCCGUCUGCAGCAGAUAUACGGCGCGUAGUACCCGGCUACGGCGUCGGAUCACACGUUAACGGCGGCUACGUGAACUGGGAUUCUGCCUGGGGCAAUGCCGAGGCUGGAGUGAGAUAUGCGAAGAAGAAGCUGGAUGAGAUGGGCCGGGUACGUUUCCUCGUCGGGCAAGUUGAGAGACUACUCAUCGAUGAAGCCGAGGGCAGCAAAGUUACUGGCGUCCGGCUAUCAGAUGGUCAAACGCUAUCGGCCGACCUCGUGGUAUUAGCUACCGGCGCAUGGACUGGGAAGUUAAUUGACCUUCGUGGACGGGCAGAAGCCACGGGCCAUUCCCUGGCAUACAUACGCUUAACGGAUGAGGAACAGAGGAAGCUUAACGAUAUACCGACGCUACUUGACUUUUCGACAGGGAUGUUCAUCAUUCCACCACGCAAUAACGAGUUAAAGAUCGGAAGACAUGCGUACGGUUAUCGGAAUCCAACUAUAAUCAACCAUCCAACUGCACCAGGUAAGAUAGAAGUAAGUCUCCCAUCAAAUGAUGCGCCCCUGCCUCUUGAAGGGCAAAAGGCAGCUCGCGCGGCCCUGAGAGGGAUGCUUCCUGCGCUGGGGGAGAGGCCGUUUACAAAGACGCGCAUAUGCUGGUAUACAGAUACACCAGAGGGCGAUUUCAUAAUCUCUUUCCAUCCGGAGAUUAAAUCACUGUUCAUUGCAACGGGUGGCAGCGGACACGGAUAUAAAUUCCUUCCCGUACUGGGCGAAAAGAUCGUGGAUGCCAUGCAGGGCCAACUCGAUGCUGAUCUCGCUGCGCUGUGGAAGUGGGCUGAGAAACCACUUACCCGGGCCGAUGGGAGUGUAGCUACUGUCUGGACGGAAGACGGUAGUCGCUCUGGCGUCAAGGGAAUGGUGUUGGCUGAAGAAUUGGCGAAGGGCGAUGGCAUCAACGUCAGCAGUCGGCUGUAG